CUGCCUGUCUCAUUAUGCGGGCUCCAAUCAAGUUUUGAAUUCGUCAAGCGAGUCUCCCCUUAUCAUGUGGCCUAUACAGUCACAGCACCCAACUGCGUGCAUGAGGGGAUCAGCGGGCGUUCAUAGCAUGUUGUCCGCUUUUGAGGCCGGCCGGUCGAUGACGAGUGAGGCAGCUGAUUCGUAACUCACCGGCCCGCUACCUUAUAAAGACCUCGUUCCCCCUCCUUGUCCAGUGCUUCUCCCUACCACGCUCGCAUCAAAUCAAUUGCAAGUGGUUUCAAUUGUAAUAGUAACGAUGUCUUCCCCUCCAGCUGAGCAAAAAUCGCCAGCCCGCCGCCGUUUCUCCCUCAAGCCCGGGGGCUCCUCCAAGUCCGAGGGACCCUCCUCCCCCACCCGAGCUACCGCCGACGAAGACGAAUCCCACGAUCAGUUCGCUCCAUUGCAGCAAACCAUCUCCGGCGGUGUUUCUGAGCAGGAAGUCUCGCGUCUCAAGGAAAUGUAUGUCGACAAAGCCUAUACGGAAGUGAAGAACAAGCUCCCAAAGCACCGCGUCGAAGAACCAAAAAUCUCAUUCCCAAUGUCAAUGGCAUUCGGCUCCUUUAAAGACAACCAAGCUGCUAAACACGAAAACCCAAAGUCUGCAAUCGAUGCUCAGAAGGCUAUCAACAACCCGCCUGAGCCUCCUGUCUCGGUACUGGUCACUGUCGAUAAGAAUGGCUACGUGAAGAACAUCACUAAGGCGAUGCCGGACAGGAGGGCUAGCGUUGCGGGAAGUGAGACGAGUGAUAGUGGGAAGGGCGGCGGUAUCUUGGGUGGGUUCUUUAGGCGUGGUUCUGGAAGCAAGUGAGGGAGGUGCAGCGCGGAGUUGGG